GUGCUCAGAGAUUGGACUUAUUUUCUAUUUGGCCUUGCCUACAGAGUGCCAUUGUGCCAGUCCUGGGCAACCUGUGCUGGAUGUAAAACCUAGUGGAAGUUACGGACCAGUUUGCAAGCCAUUCCGUGCACGGUUUAAGAGUGUGGUAACGAUCCCGCCUCUCGGAAGAUGCACUAUUAUAGAUACUCUAACGCCGAGGUCAGCUGCUGGUAUAAGUACCUCCUUUUCAGCUACAACAUCGUCUUCUGGUUGGCUGGAGUUGUCUUCCUUGGAGUCGGACUGUGGGCAUGGAGCGAAAAGGGGGUGCUGUCCGACCUCACCAAAGUGACCCGGCUGCAUGGAAUCGACCCUGUCGUGCUGGUCCUGAUGGUGGGCGUGGUGAUGUUCACGCUGGGGUUCGCUGGCUGCGUGGGGGCCCUGCGGGAGAACAUCUGCCUGCUCAAGUUUUUCUGUGGCACCAUCGUGCUCAUCUUCUUCCUGGAGCUGGCCGUGGCUGUGCUGGCCUUCCUCUUCCAGGACUGGGUGCGGGACCGGUUCCGGGAGUUCUUCGAGAGCAACAUCAGAUCCUACCGGGACGACAUUGACCUGCAGAACCUCAUUGACUCCCUGCAGAAAGCUAACCAGUGCUGCGGUGCCUAUGGCCCUGAAGACUGGGACCUCAACGUCUAUUUCAAUUGCAGCGGCGCCAGCUACAGCCGCGAGAAGUGUGGGGUGCCCUUCUCCUGCUGCGUGCCGGACCCUGCGCAAAAAGUUGUGAACACACAGUGCGGAUAUGAUGUCAGGACCCAGCUGAAGAGCAAGUGGGACGAGUCCAUCUUCACAAAAGGGUGCAUCCAGGCACUGGAGGGCUGGCUUCCACGCAAUAUUUACAUCGUGGCCGGUGUCUUUAUCGCCAUCUCCCUGCUACAGAUAUUUGGCAUCUUCCUGGCGAAGACCUUGAUCUCGGACAUUGAGGCCGUGAAGGCAGGCCAUCACUUCUGAGGGACAGAGGUGAGCAAGCAGAGCUGAGCCAUGCCGUGGAGGCCAGAGCCCUUCCCCGUUGUCACCUCUGUGUCCAGAGGGAGGAAGUGGAUGCACCCAGCCAGAGCCGGCGCCCUGUCUUCGGCAUCAGCGUGACAUGACCUCUCUGCUUCUGUUUGCUGGUGCUGAAGACUGAGGGGCCCCCCUCUAACCCGCACAAACUUGUGACUGAGACGCUCUCCCCCCGCCACCACUUGGGGUCUACCCAGAGACGGAGAACGUGUCUUUAAGCGGGGCUGGUGACUGAGGGACAGAAGGCCCCUGUGGCUGUGAAGGGGGCCUGACUCAGUUCUCCUGGAGACCGACUGUGUCUGCGGGGCCCCACUCAUGUUAUUGGUGCCGGCCCGGAGGGCAGUCAUCUGCUGUGAGUGGGACGUGGGUGGGGGUGGGGGGGUGGACCAGAAGACACGGACAAGGCUUCUCCCAGCAGCAGAAGGGUGCUGCCUGUAAUUGGGGAGGGGAAGGGACACAAGUGGACCGUGCCAGCGGAGCCUGUGGUGUCUGCACGACUCGGGGAUGUUUGCAGGAUCCUCAGCCACGUUCAAGUAAGCCUGAGCCAUGUGUGGACCGGUGCCACGGAGGACCUCCUCUGCCGCCCCUUCCAGGGCAGGAACCGCCCCUCGUCUCAAUAGCAUUAUGCCCAGAUGGCACGGGGGCAUGGGCAGGGUUCUCCUCUGAGAGUCGGCUCUUCUUUUCUUAAAGCGUGUAAAUAGUUUAUUUAUAGGGAUAAGAAUGUUCUCACACCAUUUCUUCGUUUCCUCUGGCAUUCCCUCUAAGCAGCCUUACGCGGUGUCUGGGACUGAAGCCAUCCCUUUCAGUUCCUUUGAGUGUCUCAAGACCCAACCCCAUCAGCUUCUCCUUUUCAUCCCUAAUGACCCAGGUGCACAUGCGCGCUCCCCCUUCCUCCGUGCACCCCCCCAGCACACACGUACCCGCGCCCCUCCCCUGCUUGG